ACAGGAUAUAUAUCUUCUACAUCUCCGUCACAAUGGAUAGAAUUAACAAAAGAAAUUUUAUCGAAAAAGAAGCCUGAUUAAUAUUUAAGUAGCACAUUACAAGUUAUUCAACAAUAUUGGAUAAUAAUAGUAAUUCGUGAUAACUGUCGUGUUUAUCGUGUCACAUCUAUUAGUGACAAUUCGCCAGUUCCGAUGACUCUCGCGGAUGAUCAACUAGAAUUGAAGAGAAAGCAUCGCAAGAGUAAGAGCGAUUCCAUGAGACGCUGCGAGCAAUCUUCCGCUGAAGAUGAGGGUAACAAGCGAUUCCACGGUGAUGGACUCGUCGUUAGGAUGCACUCGAAUCAUCGCUUGCUAGAGAUCACGGGCGACGGUUGUCGGAUCAUCCUGUCGAAAAAUUUCGGCAGCGUGCACGUCGUUGGUGAUGGUUGCAGGUUGCGCGUGAAUCACAACGUGGGCGAUAUCGAAUAUACUGGUGACGGUGGUCUUGUCCUCCUUGGACCGGACUCUUCUAAAGAGAAGGUGAAAUUCAUGGGCGACGGUGGGAAAGUGAUUCUCGAUUCAAAUAUGAGGUCGGAAGAGUUCUCAAGAGAACAGAAUAGAGAAACCGAAUACGUAGAAAAAAUUAUGUAUUCGUGUAAAAAAAUUAUCAGGAAGAUAUCAGAAUGUGAGAAGUGCGAAAACGCUGACAGGACAUCGAAUCGGGAAGAUUUGGACAAUAUCGUGAACGAUAUGAAAGAGAAGAGUCAAGGGAAGCGCAACAAAGAAACACGGAAAUCUACGCGGCAUCCGACCGUUACGAAGAUCGUCAUGAAGACGAUCCAAAAUGACGGUCAAUGCGCAAGGAAACGCUUCGACAAUUCUUCGUUGAUCAUUAAUUUCCAUGGUGACGAAAAAUCUAUCACGAACUUUGAGCACGAAUGUCAAGAUUAAAUGACGUAAUUGCAACUUUUAGGAAAAGUUACUUAAGAUAUGUUUGUUCCUCGAAGACAUUGAACAACCAAGCGCAAUCAAAAUUUGCACAAUUGAUUGCAAGUUAUAUUAACUUUUUAAAAGUUUUAGAAAGCCUUUUGUAUAUAAAAUGCGUUAGCGUUAGUCAUGCGUUAGUCAUGCAAAAUUGAUUGACAAUAUUUAUAAACUAUUGAUAAUUAAUUUAAUUUUAUUAUUGAUUUCGCGGGUAUUAUGUUUCCUAAUUUAUUGUGAUGUUUUUUAUUUAUUAUUUAAGAGAUACAUUUAAUAUUAUGUAACAUCACAAGCUUGCUAUUGUCAUAUAGAAAUAUGUAUAUUUUUUCCAUUAAAAAUAAAUUAUGAUAAAUUAUUUAAAAAAGAAAUAAUUUACUUUAAAAUAACUUUAAAACUAAAAAUAACUUUAAAAAUUACUUUCUGUGCGUUAUUGGAUAACAUCAUUAUAAAUAUUAAAAUAUAUCAUUGAUGGGGAAAAUUAUAUUCAAUUUAAAGAUGAAAUAGAAUUAUAUGCGUGCAAAGUUUUUAAAUGACAAUGUUUACAAUUAUGGCAAUAUUUUAA